AUGAGCACUGGUCAUCCAGAGAUUGCUGAAACCUAUGUACAGGAAUGCAACUUGCACGGACGAUUGGACGAGUAUACAGCCAUCAAGGAUACUGUGGGGAAAGUGAUCGAGAGUUUUAGACAGCACAACACGAUCCCGGCGAUCAACUACAUCGAGCUGAACGCUCCUCAAGAAAAACGCCUCAUCUUUGACCUCGUCCGACAUCAAGUCUUAGAGCUGAUCAAGCAAGGUAAGAAGUUGGAAGCGCUUACACUCUCGAGGAAACUCUCCGGAUUGGGAUCAGAUGGAGAAGUGGCACAGAUUAUGGGAGCUCUGUUCACAAAAGCUGAUGAUACUCGCUUUAAUGAAAUCUCAAGCCCACUCGCUUGGCAACAACUCGAGUCACGACUUUCGGAAGUAAUCUUCAAAUGUAAAUCGAUAUUGCCACAAAUCCUCGAAACCGGCUGCCAAGCGGUGCCGGCACUGUUGAAUCUGCGAUCGGUAAUGGCGCCGCGACAAGACCAAAUAUUUUCGAGCGACGAGUUGCCCAUUGAGAUUCCGAUCGAGAAACGCUACCAUUCCACGUUCACUUGUCCGAUUCUUCGAGUUCAAACAACUGAACGGAAUCCACCGUAUCGACUUCGAUGUGGACAUGUCAUAUCAAAAGAUGCUCUAGAGAAACUGGCUUCAAAUUCAAGGCACUCUCUUCUAAAAUGCCCGUAUUGCCCUGAUGAAUCAUCAAAAGAUCAAGCACUUCGUGUUUUUCUG